CCCCCUUCCCGGCCCCCAACCCAACUUCUGCUCGGAAUUCAGAACUCAUUCUGCCCAGGCUCGGGAGCUCAGAGUUGCCCGGGGACCGGUCAGCGUCCCAGAGCCGACGAGCCAGCAGAUUUCGAGAUGUUCCAAGUACAGAGGGCCAGCCUGGGCAGGCUGGGGGUCAGCUUCUCCAAAGGUCUUCACCACAAAGCCGUGUUGGCCCUCAGGCGGGAGGACGUGAACGCCUGGGAGAGAAGGGCCCCGCUAGCGCCCAAGCACAUCAAAGGGAUCACCAACCUGGGAUACAAGGUCUUGAUACAGCCUUCCAAUCGGCGAGCCAUUCAUGAUAAGGAAUAUGUCAAAGCUGGUGGCAUUCUCCAGGAGGAUAUUUCUGAAGCUUGUUUAAUUUUGGGAGUUAAAAGACCUCCAGAGGAAAAGUUAAUGCCCAGGAAGACGUACGCCUUCUUUUCCCACACGAUUAAAGCUCAGGAGGCCAACAUGGGCUUGUUGGAUGAGAUUCUAAAACAGGAAAUACGACUUAUUGAUUAUGAGAAAAUGGUGGAUCAUAGAGGAACACGGGUAGUGGCAUUUGGACAGUGGGCAGGUGUGGCAGGAAUGAUCAACAUUUUGCACGGAAUGGGUUUAAGGCUCCUUGCUUUGGGACACCACACACCUUUUAUGCACAUUGGCAUGGCUCAUAACUACAGGAAUAGCAGUCAGGCUGUGCAAGCCGUCCGUGAUGCUGGCUAUGAAAUAUCUCUGGGUUUGAUGCCAAAGUCAAUAGGGCCCUUAACAUUUGUGUUCACAGGGACUGGUAACGUGUCCAAGGGAGCCCAGGAAAUUUUUAAUGAAUUGCCCUGUGAGUAUGUGGAACCCCAUGAAUUAAAAGAAGUUUCCCAAACCGGAGACCUCAGAAAAGUGUACGGGACGGUGUUAAGUCGUCAUCAUCAUCUUGUCAGGAAAACAGAUGGUGUAUAUGAUCCUGUAGAGUAUGACAAAUAUCCUGAGCGCUACAUAAGUCGUUUUAAUACCGAUAUUGCACCCUAUACAACUUGCUUAAUUAACGGAAUCUACUGGGAACAAAACACCCCUCGCCUGCUAACCCGCCAAGAUGCUCAGAGUCUUCUGGCUCCGGGCAAGUUCUCGGUUGCUGGUGUGGAAGGCUGCCCUGCAUUGCCACACAAAUUGGUGGCCAUAUGCGACAUUUCAGCUGACACAGGAGGCUCCAUAGAGUUUAUGACUGAGUGUACGACAAUAGAGCGUCCCUUCUGUAUGUAUGAUGCAGACCAGCACAUAAUUCAUGACAGCGUUGAAGGUUCUGGGAUUCUGAUGUGUUCCAUUGACAAUCUGCCAGCCCAGCUUCCAAUUGAAGCUACAGAAUGUUUUGGAGACAUGCUCUACCCCUAUGUUGAAGAAAUGAUAUUAUCUGAUGCAACACAGCCCCUUGAAAGUCAGAAUUUUUCUCCUGUGGUGAGAGAUGCAGUGAUUACAUCCAAUGGCACAUUGCCUGACAAAUAUAAAUAUAUCCAGAAACUCCGGGAAAGCAGGGAGCGUGCUCAGUCACUUUCGAUGCGUGCCAAGAAAAAGGUCCUGGUUCUUGGAUCUGGCUACGUAUCUGAGCCGGUAUUGGAAUACCUGUCAAGAGAUGGCAAUGUAGAGAUUACAGUAGGCUCUGACGUGAAGACUCAAAUUGAGCAUUUAGGCAAAAAAUAUAACAUUAAUCCCGUUAGCAUGGACAUUAGUAGACAAGAAAAGAAGUUGGGCUCAUUGGUGGCGACGCAGGAUCUUGUCAUCAGCUUGUUGCCAUAUGUAUUGCACCCUCUUGUGGCCAAGGCGUGCAUCUCAAGCAAAGUUAACAUGGUCACUGCAAGCUACAUCACACCAGCGCUCAAAGAAUUGGAAAAGAGUGUGGAAGAUGCUGGCAUCACGGUCAUUGGCGAACUGGGUUUGGACCCUGGUCUUGACCACAUGUUGGCAAUGGAAACCAUAGAUAAAGCCAAAGAAGUGGGAGCCAAGAUUGAAUCUUACAUUUCCUACUGUGGUGGGCUUCCAGCCCCUGAACAUUCAGACAAUCCUUUGAGAUAUAAAUUUAGCUGGAGUCCCCUGGGAGUGUUGAUGAACAUCAUGCAGCCGGCCACCUAUCUGCUCAAUGGAGAGAUUGUGAACGUCGCAGGGGGAGUCUCAUUUCUUGACGCGGUUACUUCCAUGGAUUAUUUCCCGGGAUUGAAUUUGGAAGGCUAUCCUAACAGAGACAGUACAAAAUACGCUGAGAUUUAUGGCAUUUCAUCUGCUCACACUUUGCUGCGGGGAACACUGAGAUACAAGGGAUAUGCCAAAGCUUUGAAUGGAUUCGUAAAACUGGGUCUUAUUAAUAGAGAAGCAUUUCCUGCCCUUCGACCUGAGGCCACUCCUCUCACCUGGAAAGAACUCCUCUGUGACCUUGUUGGAAUUUCACCCUCCUCCAAGCGUGACGUGCUUAAGGAAGCUGUCCUGAAGAAACUAGGAGGAGAUACUGCCCAACUGGAAGCUGCCGAAACGCUGGGCUUACUUGGGGAUGAACAAGUCCCUCAAGCAGAGUCCAUUGUAGAUGCACUGUCCAAGCAUUUGGCCAAGAGACUUUCCUAUGGCCCUGAAGAAAAAGAUAUGAUAGUGAUGAGAAACAGCUUUGGAAUUAGACAUCCUUCUGGACAUUUGGAAAACAAAAUUAUUGAUCUUAUUGUUUACGGGGAUGUCAAUGGAUUUUCAGCAAUGGCUAAAACUGUGGGGUUACCGACCGCCAUGGCAGCCAAAAUGCUGCUCGAUGGUGAAAUUGAAGCCAAAGGUCUGAUGGGGCCCUUUUCAAAGGAAAUCUAUGGACCAAUACUGGAGAGAAUUAAAGCAGAGGGCAUUAUAUAUACCACACAGAGCACAAUCAGACCAUAAUUGGGAAUUACACUUUAUUUUCAUCUUCCCAGGCAACACAGCUAUGAACAUUUGUGUGACAAACGUGCUUGCUAAUUUUUCAUUUUAAUGUCUAAAGCAUGAUAUGUUUUAAUUAAGUCAAUGUAAUUGUGUUUUUGAAAUAUGAAUCUCUUUUGGUAUAAAAACAUUUGGAAUAAGAAAUGCCAGUCAUUACUAGAGAACUUUAAUAAUUCUACCACUUUUUUAUAUGUAUGUAAAAGUGAUGAUGAUCAUGCCAUUUGUUAAUUUAUUGUCACUUUUUUUCUUACAAGAAUGUAUUUUCCUAUAAUCAACAGAUGAGUUUUACUUUUUUAGUAAAAAAAUUUUCUCAUAUGGCUAUAUUUUUGUAUUUUAAAAAUGGACUCAGUUAUAUAUCUUUCGAGCACCUGACUACAAACCUUUGCAAAAAUGUUUCAUGCUUUUUUUGUGAAGUUGUGAUUGUUUUUAGUAAAUUUAUUUUCUCAUGGGUGUUUGCAAAAGGGAAUAAAUAAGAUUAGUUUACAAUACACAUGAGCACCUCAUUAGCCACAGAAAAAGUAUUACUCAAAAUCUUACAUGCUUUUAUGAUAAAAGCAUGCAACAAACUAAGAAUAGAAGGGAAGAUCAUCCACUUGAUAAAGAGCAUUUAUGAAAACUUACAGGUAACAUCAUACCUAAUGGCGAAAGACUGAAUGCUUUUCUAAGAUCAGAAGCAAAACAAGGACGUCUGCACUGCCACUUCUAUUUCACAUAUGUAGGAGGUGAAGCCAGUGCAACUGGUCAAGAAAAUGAAAUAAAACGUAUCUAUAUUGGAAAGGAAGAAGCAAAACUCUAUUUUCAGAUGUUAUGAUCUAAUGCAUAUAAAUUCAGAAGACAUUCAGAGAAAAUCCAAAGACAUACUAUCAUAAUAGAAAACAAAACAUUAGGACUAAUAAAUGAAUUCAACAAAGACACAGGAUACAAUGUUAAUAUCAGUAAUUAUUGUUACAUAUGGUAUCAAUAAAUAAAAAAAGACAUUAAAAAGUUCAGUUUUCAAUAACAUAGAAAAUAAUAAUAUAGCAAUAGAAUUGAUAGUCUAGAAAUGAUGUUUGCAUUUAUGGUCAUUUGAUAUUUGAAAUGGGUGUUAAGACAAUUCAAUGGUGGGGAAAAGGGUUUGUUUUAUUAUUAUUUUAUAAAAUGGUGCUUGGACACCUGGAUAUCCACAUGCAGAAUACUAAAGUUG